AUGCCGGAUGAGCCGCGUCGCAUCAUCUUGGAGAAAUCCAAGACCGUUAAACGCCGGUACCAACGCAGCAACCAAAGAUUCCAGUUCACCGCAUCCCAGAUUGCGCGGCUAGAUCGCGAGGAGGAGCGUGAAAAAAAAGCGAAGAAGCUACGUGAGAAGGAAAAGAAACGAAUCGCCAACAAGAAACGGAAAGCCGAACAAGAGGCGCAGGCCCGUGAGGAGCGGAAGCGUCGCGGCAUCCCGGAUCCCUAUGCAGCACGCGUCCCAUCGAGUCAGCCGCUGCUGUCAAUUUUCCUAGGGGCUGCGAAGCGACAGUCCCCUGCGGUACCGGAGCCUACGCUUACAACUACGGAGGUCGAGUCACAUGAAAACGGGGUGGGGAGCGAGUGUGGCGAUACGGAAGCUGAAUCGGAUGCCUUUGACGACCUGGAUGAGGAAUUGGAAAAUGACCUAUCUGAGCUGCAUGAUAUAGGAUUACUGGAAGAGGGUGAAUGUCAUGAUAUUGGCGCCGCGACCCGGGCUUCAUUCAAUGAUGAGGAUGAAUUCUCGGACUGCUCGGCGUUCAACGAUGAAGAGAUUAUGAAGAAAGCCGAGAUGGCUGCUCCCACGCGAACGACUGAUGAAGAAACGAUGAAACCGUCUCUACCUAAGGAAUCACCCUACUUAAAAGCUCCCCCGGCUGUGCUCACACUAGAAUCAUCUUUUGGGGAAUCUUUCCAGUACGACCCUGCCGAUUUCCUUGAAGCUGAAGCAGCGAUUAUCACACAAACAAAUAGUUCUGGAACGAAAGGUCAUUCUCCACCCAAGGACAUCUCUCCUUUACAGCCUCCUUUGUCUGAUCGACCGUGCAUUAGACCCACAUUGGCGUCUUCUUUUGGAGAUUCCUUUCGAGACGAGACGGCGGAUUGGAUUGAAGAAGUAUUCGCACACGGAAGCGGCGACCCUUUUGACGAACUCAAUAAAAGCCCUUCUCAACGAUUUCAUUUGAACUGUUGA